CCGAGGUGCACCGAUUAUACCCGUGGCAGCCAAGCCUGGGGGGCCAGAGGCCCCUGAAACAGAAGCUCCACAGGGCAUGUCAGAGCUCAUUGAGCUCCUGACAUCCCAGAUUUCCAUCCCGACGAGAGACCCCUCGGGACCACUCCUCAUGUCUGUGGACCACUGUUUCUCCAUCAAAGGCCAAGGCACUGUGAUGACAGGGACCAUCCUCUCAGGCUCCAUCAGCCUCGGCGACAGUGUGGAGAUUCCCGCCCUCAAGGUCCAAAAUCCACAGGAUAGGCCAGCAAGAUGGAGAUCCAGGGAAGAGUUGCAGUUCAAGUCUGAAGGCUGUUGGCUGGCAGAAUUUCUUCUUCUUCCAAGGAGGGCUGGCGUUAUUAGGGAAGAGUCUCCUGACCAGGGAGGACCAAUCACAAGAAAAGCUUCCCCUAUAGCCUGAGACUGGCCAGGUUGCAGGGCUCCCUGGGGUGGCAGCAGGAGUUGAAGGAUGAAGCCCUGCCCUUCCGAGUCCCAGGGCCUCCCCUGACAUUGGACCUGAAUCCUAGGGUCAGAAUCCCCUCCUCUACUGGCUGUUGUAGA